UUUUUGAAUUUUUUGUCAUAAAUGAAUUUAGAACUUUUAAUCUUUUUAAUGUUUACGCAUAUUAGCAUGUUAGAAGUGUAAGCAAUUAAUUAUUAUAUUUGUUGCAUAUAUGAGUUAAAGUAAAUAUAUUUUAAUAGAUCAGCGAUGUAUUUAAAAAGAAAAUUUUCUAUGGAAUUGCAACGGACGAUUUCUUCCAUAAAAGCCUUCCAACGUAUUCAAAAUUAUGAGAAAUUCGAAAACUUAUCCACAACUUAUUUCAACUCUAGCCCAAUUUGGUGCAAUAAAAAGAAACGAGUAUUAAAACAGUGUUAUAUAUACUUUUUAAUAGACCCGAGGAUUUCUCGUAAUCUGCCUAUCAGAGCUAAAGAAAAUGGUCUUAAUGAACGAGUAAUUUGGCAACAGUUUUUGAACGCGAUUUUCUAUGUGGGAAAAGCAAAAUCAACGCGCCCAUAUUCACAUUUAUAUAAAGCCAUAAACAAAUUGAACAAACAAGCCGAGCUUUUAAAUGAGAAUGAAAACAGUAUUCAAACAACUAAAUUCAGCAAGGCAGAUCGUAUUAUCGAUAUUUGGAAAAGUGGUUUCGGUGUUGUUAAUCUCCACGUCUUCCACAAUAUAUCAUCAUAUGAAGCGUACACUCGUGAGGCCGCCAUAAUAGAUGCAAUAAGUCUCCCUAAUUUAACAAACCAAAAACGAGGAGUUUACUAUGGACCUUCAAGUAAAUGGACCGCUAACGGAAAGAAAAGUUUGGGAAUAGCCUUGCUUUACAGGGCCAUGAAAAUAUUCAUGACGGAAGGCGAGGCUCAGCUAUUUCCUUGUGAUUUUGAUUAAAUCAAGAAUAUGAGAUUUUUUCUAAAUAAUUUAUUAAAUUUCAGUAAUAUCGAGUUUUUGAAGAAUGAUUAGAAUUAAAGUCUACCUGUUUGUUAGAGCUUUGAAAAUCGAGCAUUUCAAUAAUAAAUUUUCGUUGAAAUUUAAAUUAUAAAUAAAAUUGUUAAAUAGAAAAUAUUGUUUAUUGCUCCUCCCUAAUGGUUAUUUGUAUUACCUCUUCUAUUACACUAUUCACCAAACGCAGUAAGCGAACAUUUCCCUUUUUCUGUUUUACCGCCACUGCGUUCCAAACAUGCAAAUCAAAAAGAGAUAGAUGCAUAUGUUGUAUGGUAAAUACAACACUAAAUACUUCCUUGUCGAUUAACAUCGUUGAUUUUGGCAAGAGCAGUUUGGUUACAAACUAAAUUAUUAUAUUUUUUAAGUUGUGAAUAAAACAUAAAAAGUAAAAGUAUUAUGUCUAAAAAGAAUUGCAAAAUGCAGCUAAGAUUGUGAACAGAGUCAAGUGGUUAAAUUUGUGUAAAAGUUAACAGG